CUUUCGAAUGCCUGUCACACAAGAGCACUACAAAAUGUUGAAUGUUCUUUGGUUUGGAUAUUUGUAUCUUAAGCUAAGAAAAAAGAGGCGCGUAAGAUCGAUCGGAGUUCGUAACAUUUUUAAGGGUAGGAUUCAGCAUGGGGAUGGGCACAACCUCUUCGAAGAAUUACGUAUUGGUGACGCCUAUAUGUUUUUUACGUAUACGCGAAUGAACGGCGAAAGAUUCGAAUACCUGUUAGCUAUGGUCGGCCCUCUCAUAAUCAAACGUAAAAUGUAUACCGUAAUCACCCCGGCUCAAAGACUUGCAAUGACUUUGAGGUUUCUGGCAGCUGGUGAUAGUCAAGACUCACUCAGCUUCGCAUACCGGUGUGCCCAAAGUACGGUUUCAUGCAUCCUCAAAGAGACCACACAGGUUGUAAUCGCGGUUUUAAAGCGACUGUACUUGGCACCACCUACUUCAGAGGAGGAAUGGAGAAAUGUCGCCAGUGGAUUUUGGAACGAGUGGCAGUUCCCUCAUUGCAUUGGAGCAAUCGAUGGGAAACAUAUACAAAUUCAGGCCCCACAAACCUCGCAAAGCAUAUUUUUCAAUUAUAAGAAAACGUUUAGCAUAGUGUUGCUUGCAAUCUGUGAUGCUCAUUAUAAUUUUCUCAUGGUUGAUAUUGGUGCGGAAGGGUCACAGAGCGAUGGUGGUAUUUUUCAAAGCUCUGAACUAGGCCAACAUCUCGAAGGAAAAACUUUGGGAAUAAAUUCAUUUGGAAUUCUUUCUGCUCGAUGGAGAAUCUUCCGGCAUCCUAUAUGUGCGUCGCUGGAGAACACAGAGUCGAUAGUUGAGUCCGCCAUAUGCCUUCACAACUUUAUCAUGAAAACAGCUGGUCGAAAGCUACAACAAGAAUACUGCCCGCCUAAUUUCAUAGAUAUUGAGCUACCCGGAUGUAAUCUCGUUGAAGGAGAAUGGCGAGACAUUCUAGCAGGAGAAAAUGGGGCUAUCAUUGAAGGUCCUCGCUUGGGAGCACGCAAUGCAGCGGUGCGAACUGUCAAAUAUCGAAACGCACUUAGAGAUUUUGUCAAUGAGCAAGGUGCUGUGCCAUGGCAGAACAACAUUGUUCAAAUUCGACAGGGGCUAAUUUUGUAGGUUUAGUUGUAUCAGCGAU